AACAUUGCGACGAUGUUGAAAAUAAUACUGUGGGUUUUAUCGAGUGUUUUCGUUACGGUGUUUUCACUCGGUGGUUUGAAUGCGGGUGAUGGAAUAUGGUCCCUCAUCGACUUAUCGAAAUGCGCGCAGGAGUUGGACACCGUAGCCAUAAAGGUGGACAUUGAGAGAAGCAGGAUAAACCGGACUCACGACGGCAUCUCUGCCAAGCUCGGUAUAGAGUUGCUCAUUGACGAUUCUUUUGGGAUCCUUAUAGAAGUCUGCAAGUAUAUGGACGGCGGAUGUAAGCAGUACCAGGUCAUAUCAGAUGACAGCAUUAUUAAUUUAAUAGACAAAUACGCGAAACAGAAUGUUAUCAGAGCAUUUGAGUUGGCCAAAAUCGAUCCGCCAGAGUUUCCGGUUCAUGAAGGUAAUUACGAAAUAAUAGACUUUAUAAUGGACUACUGCGAGCUGCCAACAAACUCUGCGUACGGCAAGUUCGAGGCUGAAGUGUUCCUGGUGAACAAGGAAUCAGAAAAGGUGGCGUGCAUAAAAGUGGUCAUCGAAUUCAAUGAAUUGGAAGAUGACGAGGAUUUGUGUGUAUAAGCGUUAUUAAACCAAGUCUGUAAUAUAA